GUUAAUCAAUCGAAUUAUUUAUUUUACUUAAAACAAUUUUAUGUAACCCAUUAUUUAUCACAAAAUGGAAGUGCGAAAAACAGUAGGAAUAGCCCCAAACCCAGAGUGUGUCAAAGGUGUGGUUGCGUGUCAAUGUGAACUAGGUCGGGAGAAGCUGCUCACUGCCCCUCCGUACAAGCGGGUGUCUUCCCCGCAGGGAGACGAUGCCAAGUCCAGGUACCCUACUGCACCCUGCGCCAGGGAGGCCGAACAGUACAAGUGCCCUGUCAGCCAUAUCCUCGUCACAUUCAAGUCACCCCUACACCCCAACCAAGUGUUCAACAAAGUCUUCCCGGCGAAUACGCCAGUCAAAUUCGUCAAACGCAAAUUGGCCAAAUUGCUCUCAGUGUCAAACAGCAAUCUAUUGCUAACGAAAAACCGAACCGUGCUCAAAGAAACAAGCAUGCUCUCGGAUCUCAAGACUGACCCAGUCGGGAACUUGGUAAUCGAUGUGUUCACAAAAAACUCGGAGGACUUCGCUUUAUCCUCGAUACCAAAAGAAUCGUACGUCCACGAGCUGCUCCAUGCAGUCAUUCCGAAGAAGAAAACUAUGCCAUUCAUAGCCAUAAAGUUUAGGGUUCGUAAUCAGAACGGUAUAUUCACACGCUCUUAUCAUUCCAUUAUGAAAGUGCACGAAAUAAAGAAGAAUUUGGGUGGGCUAUUUCAAGUGGACCCUGACAAUUUGGUCUUACUCCGAGGAGAAAACCCGCUCAAAGACCGUAUGGCUUUAAUGGAUCUUGACUACGACAAAUAUGGCAUAGUUGAAGUGGAGUUACUGACGAAGAAUAACGAAAAACUAAACCUAGAUAAAUUGUACAAAGAAUUGCCUAUCCAUGAUGUUUUGAGUGUUAUGGUGCCAUUCGGCAGUACUCUGAAACAAAUAAACGUAGAAAUCUUUUCAGAGCCGAUGGAAAAACCUUAUUUGGGCGGCUACAGAAAUGUUCAUACCGGCAUCGAAUACCACCAUGCUUACACACAAACGCCCCAGAAACCAGAAAAACUUCCACCAGAGAACAAAAACUGUAGAGACACUCAAACAGCCGAAGAACGAGAAAAGAUUUACGAUACCAACUACAGUCGUGCAACACAAAUGAACACGAUUCACGCCUACAUACCGAACGUGAACGAUAAGAUCAUUGUGCCACAGCCGUACGAAACUUACGAGCAAAUGAUAAUUCGCCUGAAUCAUAACCACUUUGCGAACGUCAUUCAAAGGGCUUUCAGACAUCACCAGUUCAGGCAAAAAGUGGACAGAUGGCUGCGAGAGUGCAGGGAACGAAUAGAAAGAAUGAAAGAGGAAGAGAGGCUAGAACGAGAAGCUAUAGAAAGACGGUUACGAAGGGACCUUAUAACCAAGACAUUUCCUAGGACGCGUCAGGAUUUUGAUCAACUUUAUUCAAUGGUCGAUCGCUGGAAACACGCAGAAAUAGCAAGGAUCUCUCAACUACACUCAAAAGGUCCAAAGAUAGCGGAAUUCACAUUGCUUCUCGAUAAAGAAGUAGAACUGCUGCGCUGCAUCGAAGCGUACAGAGUGAAAGUGAAGGAAGACAGCCAGAAGAUUAAGGAGAAAAAGUUUUUGGAAGAAAUAUCAAAGCCGGUAGCGUGGUUUGGAAAAGACGGCAAAUUGAUAUCUAUGGACACAGUCGAAAUACAAAAAGCGAGGAAGUUGAAGGAAUUGUACAAUUCCUUUAUUCGUGAAGACAUGGAAGUGAAAGAACGAAUGGAGCUCCUGGUCGAUAUGAAAUUCGCUCUGCAAGAGUUUCGCCAUCCGCUCGCUGAAGAAGUAAUAAGUCUUCUAGAUAGAGAAUGCGAUCUCCUCGUGAGACGGUGUAAUAAUUACCAAAUUGAGUUUCUGAGACGUCGUAUAGCAGCAACUGUCUUUCAACUACUGAAGACAUCAGAAUUGAACUCUGGCGUCACGAAAUGCAAAGAUAUCAGAGAUUACAAGAAAAUGGAGAACAGUAGAUUGCACUUCUGCGAGAUGUGUCAUCAAGUUAAAGCAUAUACUGAUUUCCCAUUGAACGCUAAGAUGAGUGGCUUCUUAGUAUGCAAGUCGUGCUCGUGGAAGGAUGUCACAGAGCGCUUAUGGGUUGACAUGACUCCGUACAAGUUGAUUCUUCGUGCUGUCCAACGCGAUGAGAGGCGUCGCAAGUGUUGGGGCUCCUUGGCUUUUGUACUCCAGGAAAAGGACAUUUACUUCAUCGUCGAUAAGCUUUGGCAUUCCCAUUCAGCAAUAAGCGAAUGCAACGACAUGACGGAGUUGAGAUUGUGUCGCUGGCGUGUUGAAGAGGACUGGUCUCCGUGGAAUUGCUUCUUGGUGACUAUCCAAGAGAUGAAAGCGCAUUUGAAGCUUGAGGCGCCUGAAGAGGUGUAUGAUGAGGAGUUGGUGAAGAAAGUCCUCAAUAAACAUAAGCUAGCUAAGGCUAACUUCGAGCAGUUGAUGACUGUGAACAAGCAUUUCACCGAGACCGGCCAGUGGCAAGGCAUCCGAGCGCCAGCCGUGGCUCACAUAGAAGCGGUCGAACCUAUAUGAAACACUUCCUAGAUACUUUUACAAUUUGUUGAAUCAUGCUUAGCUAUUUGUUAAUUUUUAACGUUGUUUUAAAACGCGUUCAAG